AUGGAUGGACGUUUAUCAAAUGGUGGAUCUAAUAGAACUAACGAAGCAGUUACAGAACAUGCAAACAACUUCAUAGAAACUUUACCAAAAAUGCCAUCGCACUAUUGCAGAAAAGACUCAAACCGAUUGUAUUUUCCCGAAGACUUUUUUAAAAUAUCUUAUAAUAUCGAUUUCCACGUGCCGAAAAAAGAUAAAUGUGUCAUUUGUGUAAAUAACAAAGAGGAAUCCGGAGAAGAAACAGAAAAAAGAAAACUACAAUGCGCAUUGCCUGCUGAUGAAGUGGAUGCUGAUCCUCCUCUCGUAAUUGACAACGAUCAAAAUAUGCCAGACCCUCCUAUUUUGGAAGCCGGAGAAGCAGUACCCCAGAGUAGAUCACAAGGGAUUUCUAAGCGACCUCUGGUUUGGCGAAAACGGAAUCUUGUUACUGCUGAAGACAGCCUUAUUUUUAGGGGAGAAACUCAGAUAACGGAAGCAUUGAUGUCUUAUCAUCCAGACUAUGACAGGCUAUUCAAAAUAAGACCUCUUGAGGAAAUGCUCAACUGCCAGUUUGGAAAGGUUCCCUUAGACCAAAGGCUUUCCAUAGACGAGCAGAUGUGUGCAACCAAAAUGAGCCAUUACAUAAAACAAUACAUGCCCAAUAAACCCCACAAGUGGGGGUUCAAAUUAUAUCUCAUCUGCAGUCUACAAGGAUAUGCUCAUAGAUUUGAGGUUUACAGUGGAGGCGGCUCCAAAAAUAACAUCUUACCUGGUGAGCCAGAUUUGGGAGAGUCUAGAAAUACAGUCGUCAGAGGAUUCUAUGAGGAAAACGUGGCGACUGUGGAUGAUAUUGACGUAAGUGCUGUUGUGUGGAAAGAUAACAAGCCCGUUAACCUUCUUUCCAUUUACGUAGGAGCAGAACCAGCAACCACAGUCACGCGCUUUGAUAAAUUGAAGAAAGAGAGAGUUGCUAUUCCAUGCUCCAAAGUCAUCAAGGAGUACAAUGCUCACAUGGGGGGCGUGGACUUAUUAGAUUCAUUUAUAGGUCGUUAUCACAUCACAAUGAAGAGCCGCAAGUGGACCAUGCGCUUAUUUUAUCAUUUCCUGGACCUCGCAGUUAUAAAUUCAUGGGUUAUGUUCAAGAAGGUAAAUAAUAUAAAAGGAAAUGAUCAACUUCUCAAUUUGGGUACAUUUAGACUAGAACUUGCCGAAACCCUCUGCAAAUUGGGUCUACCUGCAAAUGGCGCUAAACGUGGUCGACCUAGUGGGAGCACAAUACAAAGAGAACUUGUAAUGAAGAAGUUCCGAGGACCAGCUCAAGCAAUUCCUUUGAAAGACGUCAGAUUGGAUCAGACAUGUCAUUGGGCAGUUUGGCUGGAUAAGCAGCAGAGUGAUAAAAAGAAUUUCGGAGUGAAGCCCGGUUUACUUUUUCCCGACCAAACCGGACGUAAACGGGAAAAUGGCGUUACCAGGGAAAAUUGGGACCGCUAUUGGCAGCAAGAAAGAAGAGGAAGUGAGCGAGAUGGCUACGAUUUCCGUAUCAACGAGGGUUCCAGAGUUCUGGAAAGAGCAGCCCCGGCUUUGGUUCCUCCAAUUCGAGGCAAUAGUUUUUCAACAGAAGCAAGGAACGAUUAUAAAUACCAGAUGGCUAUUUCGAAGCUGGGCCGAGAAGCACUACAGCAAGUGUCUGACAUCGUUUUCACGCCGCCAGAAGCAAAUAAAUAUAACGUGUUAAAGGAACGGCUUCUGAAAGUGUACGAGGAAUCGCCGGAAAGACAGUUUCAACGGUUAGUCAGCGAAAUGGAACUAGGCUCACAGAAACCUACACAGCUAUUGAGACGUAUGAAGGAUCUAGCGAGAAACUGUCAAGCAAGCGACGAAACAGUGCUUAGACUUUGGAUGGCGCGAAUGCCACCAUCAGUGCGACCUGUCUUAUCGGCGUGCCAGGACCAGACAACGGAUAAUUUAGCUACCAUAGCUGACAAGGUAAUAGAAAGUUUAGCAUGUUCUAAUGAGAUGGCGGAGGUCAGUAGCAGUAAUAAUUCUCCGCAAGUAUGUGCGAUGAAUGAGAUGAUGGCCAAUAUGAGCAAACUGACCAUGGAAAUAGCAGCGCUGAGGGGACGUAUGGAAACAGCGUAG